UUCACAAGACAUGAGCGAUGAUUACAACCGCACCUUCAACAACAAAGAUGAUGAAAAAGCGGAAUUGAUCACACAAGUGGUGACAUACAUAAUCAUUAGUAUUGGACUUCCUUUGACCCUCGUGGCCAUCUAUGCUCUUUAUUCUCUGGUGGGAAAGGAUAAUGUCGCUCCGAUCUACGUCAUCAACCUUCUCAUUUCCGACCUCGUUGAAUUCUGCUGCAUGAUCGGUUUUGUGGUAUCACAAAAUAACACAAAACAACAAAGAUACAAGAACAAAGAAACAAUUCUCAAAAUGAUUUACUACUCUAGUCUGAUGGCCAGUGUUUGCUUCAUGGUGUGCAUCGCCCUGGAAAGGUAUUUGGUCAUCGCCUGCCCACUGUGGUACCGCUUCAGACGAACCAUCAAGAUCUCCGUGGGGGUCUGUGUCCUGGUCUGGAUCCUUUCUCUCGUCUAUCUCGUCACUCUGGUUUUCUGUGGUUUUUCAGAGGUCACAGGCACCAUCUUAGCCACAUUUUUCCUCCUUCCCCUCCCACUGCUCAUAUUCUUUCUGGUUAGGACCCUCAAAGCCCUGUCUGCUUCCAUCUCAGUUCCAGCUGACGAAAAACGACGAAUUGUGGGAAUGUUGGUCCUGGUGCUGCUUAUUUACAUGCUGUUGUUCCUGCCCAGAAUCAUAUUGUUUCUGAAAGAGGGAAACCGAUAUGACAUUACCCUCACUGACCUGUCUUCUGUGUUUGUAAGGUUGAGUCCUCUUGCAGACUUAGUUCUGUAUGUUUUCAUGAGGAAAGGGGCCAUAGACAAGCUUUUGGCCUCUGUGUGUUGUUGCAGAAUGGACAACAAUGAUGUCAGCGGUUCAACAGUAUGAAUGAGUCAGCUUCAUGUAGGCAGAGAAAGAGGGAGAGAGAGAGAGAAAGGGGAGAAAACAGAAAGAGACAUGUAGGCAAAUAAAAAAGGAUAGAGACAAGAAAGAUUCUCUCUUCUACGGAUAUGUUUUUUAAUAAGACAACUAAUUGUUGAUACAAGGAAGUAUUGUCUUUAUGCUGUGGGAGUUAUGCUUGCUGGGAAAUGUUUUUGUAAACUUGCUCUGCUUCACUGCGAUUUCUGUCAAUCAAAUAUGCUGUUAUUAGGUUGCUAGUGUAGUUAAUGUCUAUCAUUAUUAUACUUGGUGACCGGUUGUGACUAUGUGAGACAGUUAAAAGAUAAAGAGUUUAAAGAUGGGCAGAUCAAGUAAGAAACUAUCGUCACAGUGAAACCCCUAUCACUGUUAAAGCCGUAACACACCCCAAAACACACACCUCUAAAAGCCUGAAUGUCUUUGACAUGUAAGAUGUAUUAUUUGGUUCCCCCCAGUGUUAGAAUAAAAAAGGCCCUGUAACCCCCGGUUACCAGAACACUGUGAAAUAGUUGACUAAACUGUAAGUUAAUAUAGUGGGAUAAUUUGACAUAUAAUAUGAAUAAAUAAAUAAAUAACAAAAAAAAUAAAAAAUAAAAGUAUUUAUUUUAUUUGAUAACUGUACUGAUCUAAUUCACUGGGCUAAACCACUCCCAGUUU